AUGCUUCAAACUGUUGACAACUUUAUACGAGCUUCCAAGUUGAAGAAUAUCGUCACGUUUCUCGCCAAGAACUCCGUCAAGUGUGAAUAUCGAAGCCUCGACAUGCCAAAACGAGCGGCGGAUCAACCAGGAACUUCCACGUCAAGGAAUAACCAACAAACAUACGACCAGCUUCCUCUGGGUGGAUUCUCAGCGACCUCUGGCCAACCUGCUCCGAAAAGGAAAGAUGUGGACAUUAAGCAAGUACUAAUAGUAAGAAUUGGUGUAGAAAUAACUGAUCCAGUUCUGGUGGUCGGAGUGCUCUCCGUAUCACUUGGUAAUGGUUGCUUCGUCGGAAGAGCUGGUUGUGGUGGCAUUGGUGCAGCAUACGCUGUGUAUCUUGGUGGUGGUGGCAUUCCAUUUGGACUGAUUGGUGUUGGAACGAUAUAUUGGACGUUGUAG